AUGGAGAGCCAAAAUCAAAGACGGAAAGUCGUCCCACGAGCCAUACGAUGUAACCGCGAGAGUCCUUGUUCUAAUUGCAUCACGUCUAAAAUUUCCUGCCCCGACACGGGAAGCACUAUUCCACAGCCAUCGCCUACUCCUGGACUUAGCAGAGGCGAUGAGAGCGUUGACAGUCUCACCGACAGAAUAAGUGCUCUCGAAAAUGCCUUGCGUGACCAUCUGAGGCCUCGCAGUACCGUCACUGACCAACAGACUCCAACGCGAUACGAUGCCCAGGACGAGCAGUUUGCAUCUUUUGAGGGGAACUCUUCUUUCACACGGCAGACGCGUUUAGCAUGCCAAAUCGAUGAACUUGAUGCAGCUAGCGUAUCUCUGUCGCCUAGUGUUAUCAACGAGCUCGCUACUCUGCGAGGCGGCUUGGAGCACCAAGGACUGGCACAGGAAACUGGCAGACAACAUCCGUCCUUCGCAGAACAGGCGCCCAAAAUGAAGUUACCGCCUUCUGAUUUUGUACUUCGCCUGUUGCGCUGCGUAUCAGAUAAAGAGUCGAUAUUGGUGUUGUUCUAUCCUGUCGAAAACCUUGCGCAAGUGGAAGACUUGUGCCGCCGGGCGUAUUUUCCCAUUUCCCCAAUUCAAACGGGGGAGCUUGUUCUUCUGAACGGAAUGCUCAGUGUUCUUCUAAGCGAGCUCAUGCAUUUCCCCCAGCCUGGAAUUUGCCCUGAGGAGGUAGAAUAUGCUCAUAACAUUUGCAUGGAAAAUUUCGAGGCUGGCAUUGAAACAUAUGAAGUCAUGGCUGUUCCUCGAUAUGAAAAUGCAUUGGCUCUAUGCAUGGCGGCGUUAAAAGCACAAAUGAAUGGCAAUCUGCUUCUGCAAAGAAGACUAGCGUCAGCCGCAGCCAACCAUUGUUGCACCUUGGGAUAUCACCAGGAAGCCAUGGUCUCGGGGGCCACUGCUCAAGAAUCAAAUAGGUUUCGUCAAUUCCUUGCGUUGAGCCUUGGAAGAGCCCCGAUCAUUCAGGACUAUGAUGUUGAUGUUCAGCCGAUUGUCGACUCUCACGACCCUAGGCGCUCACCCUGGGACGCGGCGUUUUCUUUGUUUGUUGAAUUUUCAAUGAUUCAGGGCGAAAUCUACCAGAAGCUUUUCUCCCCCUCGACCCGCAGACUCGGCGAUGAAGCCAGACAAGCUAUAGUGGACGAGCUUUCUAAACGGCUUAACGCUUGGCAUGAGGCCUGGCUGCAGAUUGAUAGCGCCAAGGCGUAUCGCAAGGAACUCUUUGACUGCACGUUCAUGCCGACGGACGUUAUAUAUUACUCUGUUCUCACCUUGCUUCAUCGCGGCUCCAACUCGUCGACUUCUACCAAGGCCAUCUCCCAAGUCUGCUUCGAAGCGGCACAGAAAGGAUUACAGGCCCACGCGACAACAUAUACACACUAUGCACGAGACUAUCUGGUGCUCAUUCUGGUUUACAGGACGUUAACUUGGAGUCUUAGGGUCCACGCCUAUGCCUCGUUUACCCCAUACAUUGUAACCUUUCUACACUGUAUCAGAUACUCCAGCACCAGCGACCUUCGGCUGCUGGAAGAGACGCUCGGGAUAAUGCGGCAAAUCAGCUGUCAGGUUAAUACCUAUGACCGCUAUUAUAAGCUUUUCAAUGCCUUGUAUUGUAUUGCAAAGGCGUACGUCGGUUCUCGAAAGGCAAUCGACGGCGAAGAACCAUCUCCAGAAAGCACUGUGAUCCUACCGCCUUGGUUAUCCUCUGGAUCCAACUCCCAACCGAUGUCUGCUAAUGACAUUCAAAUGGAUGGUUGGCACGGGUCUUACUUUGAGCAGCUCUCCUUCGCAAUAGAUUGUCAACUUGGCAAUCAGGGCGUUUGA